UCUUCACCUCCCAACCUCCAAAAUAUCGGUGGAGCCUGGGAUUAUUCCAAUCCAACACUCAUCAAUUGAAUUGAAUUGAAAUUAUGGAGGGCUUUGUUUCUUUCACAACACCCACGCCCCGCCUUUCCUUUCCCUCCCUCAAUCCCACACCCACUCACUUAUUCCGACGUUCACUUCCCCAUUCCAACUCUGUUCUUUUCUCUCCCAUUCGAUCUCAACUGGGUGAGAGCGAGGAUGGGUCGACUUCGAUUUCUGCUGUGAAGGAGGAUGCUGAAGUUGCUCUUAAAGUGAAAGAGUGGGAAGUGGGGAUGUUCCACAAUGAAGUUGCUGCCACCCAAGGUAUCAGAAUUAGGAGAAGGCCCCCCACUGGCCCUCCUUUGCACUACGUUGGACCCUUUGAGUUUCGGCUUCAGAAUGAGGGCAAUACUCCUCGCAACAUUUUAGAGGAGAUUGUAUGGCACAAGGAUGUUGAGGUUUCACAAUUAAAAGAGAAAAAACCACUUGGUACACUAAAGAAAGCACUUGACAAUGCUCCUCCUGCUAGAGAUUUUAUUGGAGCUCUUAUAGCUGCCCAUGAACGAACUGCUCUUCCCGCUUUGAUUGCUGAAGUAAAGAAGGCUUCUCCUAGCAGAGGAAUCCUCAGAGAGGAUUUUGAUCCGGUUGAGAUUGCUAGAGCUUAUGAGAAAGGUGGAGCAGCGUGCCUCAGUGUUUUGACUGAUGAGAAGUAUUUUAAGGGAAGCUUUGAGAAUAUGGAGGCAAUAAGGAGUGCUGGAGUAAAGUGCCCUCUACUGUGCAAAGAAUUCAUUAUAGAAGCUUGGCAGAUCUACUAUGCCCGAUCUAAGGGCGCAGACGCAAUUCUUUUGAUUGCUGCUGUUUUGCCAGAUCUUGACAUCAAAUACAUGACUAAGAUCUGCAAGAGGCUUGGUUUGGCUGCGCUUGUGGAGGUUCAUGAUGAGAAGGAAAUGGAUCGCGUUCUUGGCAUAGAGGGGAUUGAGCUUAUUGGUAUCAACAAUCGUAAUCUUGAAACAUUUGAGGUUGAUAUUAGUAACACUAAGAAACUUCUUGAAGGAGAGCGUGGCCAAAAGAUUCGUGAAAAAGACAUAAUCGUAGUUGGUGAAUCUGCUCUAUUUACUCAUGAUGAUAUUGCAUUUGUACAAGAAGCUGGUGCCAAAGCCGUUUUGGUUGGAGAGUCAAUUGUGAAACAAAGUGACCCCGGGAAAGGAAUCGCUGGACUUUUUGGCAAAGACAUUUCUUUAUGAGCUCAUGGUAGAAUGCUUAUACAACCAGUAUAUUCUUUCAAGUUUUGGGAUUGAAGAUGGCUCAGACACCCUCCAAUUCAAUUUCUACCCGU